UUGGCCAGUGUGUAGUUACUAAUACCAUAAUGGAGCCUGUUCAGUGUCUGUUUGGUGUGGUGGUUCUGCUUGUUGGUUUGGCUUGUGAAGUUACUGCCCUGCCUCACUGGACGCUACCUCCGAUGAAACCUCCUCUUCCUUCGCAGCAACUGUCAAACUUUCCUCCACCUGCAGUUCCCUCUGAUAAGUGCCAGGUGGAGGAGGAUGAGAAAAUCCAGUGUGGGACCCAAGAUAUCACCGCUGAGCAGUGUGAAAACAUAAACUGCUGCUUUGUAGGGCGGCACUGCUACUAUGGGAAAGCAGUGACUGUGCAGUGUACCAGGGAUGGCCAGUUUGUGGUGGUCGUGGCUCGAGAUGCCACGGUGCCCCACAUAGAUGUGGGUUCAGUCAGCCUGCUAGAAACGAACGACAACUCCUGUGCUGCUGCUGAUGCCACCUCUGCUUUUACAAUCUUUCAGUUCCCUGUCACGGCAUGUGGCACUACAAUCAAGGAGGAAGAGGAUUAUGUGGUAUAUGAGAACCACAUGUCUUCCUCAUAUGAAGUGGGAAUUGGACCCAGAGGUUCAAUCACAAGAGACAGCCAUUUUGAGCUAUUGUUCCAGUGUCGGUAUUCUGGCAGAGCUGUGGAGGCUCUCAUCAUGGAGGUGAAGGAUGUUCCUCCUCCUAUGCUGGUCGCCGCUGCAGGACCCCUCAGGGUGGAGCUGAAACUGGGCAACGGACAGUGUCACACAAAGGGAUGUGUGGCGGAAAAGGCAGCGUAUAACUCCUUCUACACUCCAGAAGACUACCCAAUCACCAAAGUGCUGAGGGAACCCAUCUACGUUGAGGUGAAAGCCCUGGAUAGGUCUGACCCAAAAAUCAUCCUGAACCUGGAGCACUGCUGGGCCACAUCCACCCCUAAUCCUUACAGCCUGCCACAGUGGGACCUUCUGGUUGAUGGGUGUUCCUACAAUGAUGACCGCUACUUAACCACUGUUGUGCCAGUGGACGGCUCCUCAGGGCUUCGUUAUCCAACGCACUACAAGCGUUUCAUCAUUAAAAUGUUCACGUUUGUGGAUCAAAACACCUUUACUACUCAGAAAGAUGCGAUUUUCAUCCAUUGUGCUACGGCAGUGUGUUAUACCAGCAGCACAAACUCUUGUGAACAGCCAUGUCGCCGGCAACGAAGAGCUGCAGUGAGGAAAGUUUCCUCAAGUCAGAGGGCUCUAGUCUCGAGCAAAGAGGUGAUCCUGACUGAGCAGAGGCUUACAUUUGCUUCCAGUGCCAACUUAAAGAGAUGACUAUACACUGGCAGCCAUAUCUGGCUAUGACUUUUAAUAAAAGCCCCUGCUUACA